AUGCCAGGUGAAAUUUCUCCAGCAGCCGCCGCCGCAGCGAAGGGAGGGAACGGGGAGGCGAGCGGCGCCGGCGACGGCGGCGGAGAUGUCCCGGCGGACGCCAACGACCAUUGCCCCGGGACGCAGUCGGAUGCGGCGGGGAAGGCGGAGUCAUGCGCAGGAUGCCCCAAUCAGCAGAUCUGCGCCACCGCACCCACGGGCCCUGACCCCGAUCUGCUUGUCAUCACUGAGCGAAUGAGUACUGUGAAACAUAAGAUACUGGUAAUGUCUGGCAAGGGUGGUGUCGGGAAGAGUACGUUUUCAGCCCAGCUCUCAUUUGCCCUUGCUGAGGACUAUCAGGUCGGUCUUCUAGACAUAGACAUAUGCGGACCUAGCAUCCCAAAAAUGUUAGGCCUCGAAGGCCAGGAUAUUCAUCAAAGCAAUGCUGGCUGGUCACCAGUGUAUGUUGAGUCCAAUCUUGGUGUCAUGUCAGUUGGCUUCUUGCUGCCCGACCCAGAUGAUGCUGUCAUAUGGAGGGGUCCUCGCAAGAGUGGACUCAUCAAAAAGUUCGUAAUGGAUGUUGAUUGGGGAGAGAUUGACUACCUCGUGGUGGAUGCUCCUCCAGGAACCUCAGAUGAAAAUAUAUCAAUUGUUUCGUACCUCCAGAUUUCAGGAAUAGAUGGUGCCAUCAUCGUCACCACCCCACAGCAAGUUUCUCUAAUUGACGCAAGGAAGAUGAUAAACUUCUGCAAAGAGGUUAAGGUUCCUGUCUUGGGUGUUGUUGAGAACAUGAGUGGCUUGAGGCAGGCAUUUUCCGAUUUGAAAUUCAUGAACCCAAGCGAGACAGGUGACACCGACGCCACAGAGUUUGCCCUGAACUAUAUCAAGGAGAACGCCCCCAAACUUCUGUCGCUCGUUGCAUGCAGCGAGGUGUUCGAUAGCAGCAAGGGUGGAGCUGAGAAGAUGUGCCAUGAGAUGGGAGUCCCUUUCCUUGGGAAGGUGCCCAUGGAUCCACAGCUUGGCAAGGCGGCGGAGGAGGGGAGAUCAUGCUUCACCGAUCAGAAGUGCAGUGCAAGUGCUCCAGCUCUUAGAAGUAUAAUCAAGAAGCUGUUCAAGCCCCAAUGAGAAGUUCGAGUUGACAGAUAUCCGUGAAAAUGAUACUCAGAGAGGUUGUCUUUUAUGGCACUUGCAAAGAUAUAUACAAAGGAAACAGUACCUCAAAAAUGAUACACAGAGCGUUAUCCAAUACCUCAAAAAUCAGGAAAUAGUUUCCUUUGUAUAUAUCACACAUUCACACACAGAGUGUUGUCUUUUGUGGCACCUGCGGUUUGAAGAAAACCUUCUGUUGUCACAUGCAAAUUCGGUUAGAUUUUGCACUACUGUGUCUUACUACAAUAGGAAAAAACAAAUAUUACCUGUAGAAACUAUGAGAUGUUGUUUACUCACAAAUCAUAAUCCUAAAUUUGAGGUCCUUUA